GUUCUCCCCAGCCUGCCUCACUUGCCCAGAGGUCUUGUCCUCUGGGGAGAUAUGUUAAGUGCUCUGCCAGCCUGCCUGUGUGCCUGGCCUGUUUUUUCUCACUGCCAGUACCUCUUGGAUUCCAAUUCCAAACAUGGUAUCCAUCUGGGGUCACCCUUUCUUCCGGUGCCAAGAGAGACGCAUUCCAAAUGGAACACAAGUGUGCCUCCCGUGCUGGGCUCUCCUCAUUCUGACUAGGGACAACAGAGAGCAGGAUGUGGCCACUUUAUCCCUCACCGCUAAAGUUUUCGAUCCCAUAGUCCUAUCUUUACCUCGGGACAAUUUAGAUUUUUCUGCUAAGAGCCAAAUGUGAAGUCUGCUCUAAGAAACCUAGAGCCCAGGAAUCUUGCCAGAGCUCUGCAAAGAAGGCCAGAACCUUGCUGAAGGAAAACGAGAGGGAAAAAAGUUUUAAAAUUCUCCAUGAAGUAUACUAUGUUCUGCAAUUUAUUCCCAAGGCUACUGGAAGCAUUCCUCUCAGGAAAGGCAGAGUUGGCGGUGAGAAGCCGGACCUGAGAAGACUCUGGGAGGACAGAUUAGUUCAUUUUUUGAAUUCCCUAUGUGGGGACAGUCUUCAAGCCCAGCAAGGCUUUGAGACGCCCUGAAGAUGAGUGCUAACGGCAGCACAAUGCGCCAGCUUCUCUGGCAGGACCCAGCGUGCAGUGGCUGGAAGCAGGAUAUGGAAGGGGCUGUCUACCACCUGGCCAACUGCUUCUUGCUCCUGGGCUUCAUGGGGGGCAGUGGGGUGUAUGGAUGCUUCUACCUCUUUGGCUUCCUGGGCACAGGCUAUGUGUGCUGCGUGAUGUGGGGCUGGUUUGAUGCUUGCGGCCUGGACAUCAUCCUCUGGAGCUUCCUGCUGGCAACGGCCUGCCUGUUCCAGCUGGCACACCUGGUCUACCGCCUGCGUAAAAACACCCUCCCCGAGGAGUUCGAUCUCCUCUACAAGACGCUGUGCCUACCCCUGCAGGUGCCUCUGCAGGUGUACAAGGAGAUUGUUCACUGCUGUGAGGAGCAGGUCUUCACUCUGGCCACUGAGCAGACUUACGCUGUGGAGGGUGAGACACCCAUCAACCGCUUGUCCCUGCUACUCUCUGGCCGGGUUCGUGUGAGCCAGGAUGGGCAAUUUCUGCACUACAUCUUUCCUUACCAGUUCAUGGACUCUCCUGAGUGGGAAUCGCUGCGGCCCUCCGAGGAAGGGGUGUUCCAGGUCACUCUGACUGCUGAGACUGCAUGUAGCUACAUCUCCUGGCCACGGAAAAGUCUCCACCUACUUUUGUCCAAAGAGCGAUAUAUUUCCCGCCUCUUCUCAGCCCUGCUGGGCUAUGACAUCUCUGAGAAGCUCUACGCUCUCAACGAUAAGCUCUUUGCCAAGUUUGGGCUGCGUUUCGACAUCCGUCUCCCCAGCCUGUACCAUGUCCUGGGUCCUGCUGCUCCAGAUACAGGGCCAGAGUCUGAGAAGGAUGAUGAGGAAGUCCGUGAGUCAGCCAUGCCCACAUCUGCCCAGCAAACACCCCCUCGCUCUCCUCUUCCAGCUGCCAGUGGCCCUCCAGCACCUCCCUCCCGGGCCAGGAUGUCCAGGCCGGACAGCGGCGUCCUGGCUUCUAGAACUCCUCUCCACAGCUACUCUCAAGUUAUGUCCAGGGGACAGGCCCCCUUGGCUCCAACCCACACUCCUGAACUUUAAGGAUCAACAGGCUAUCUUUUUCUCUGGCCGCACUAAUCUUCACAGGAAGGUCACUUGAGUGCACACCUCGUCUCACCCCCUGGAAGGCUCACAGGCAAGGUCAGAGCAGACACAGAAGACGUCGCCCCGCUGCUAACACCAAGGGCUCCAGGCGACUUGUGCAAAUUUACCCUCACCAGCCUUCCUUCCAGGAAAAGGCACCCAAAAGUGUGAAAACACCGAUCCCAUCCUUCACUAACUGCAGAAUCUUGGGCAAGUUACAUAGGCUCUCUGAGCCUCAUCUGUAAAGUGGGGAUUCACAAAACCCAUCUCCCAGGGUUGUGGUGAGCACUGAAUGAGCUGACUUAGGUAGAGCCCCUCGGACAUGGACAUGGCGUGACACCUAGUAAGCACUCCAUAAAUCACUCAGUUUUUUUCCCUUGUUGUUUUUCUGAACUGUUAAAAGGGUCACUGAAGUCAGCUAGCCAAGAAGUUUUCAUGGUCUACUUGUUUGUUUUUCCAGUUAGAUUCAAUUUAUAGAAGUAGAAAUUUUUAAAAACCUAGUUUUCCCUUAAGCUUUUAAGUUCAACUUACAAAUCUCUUGUUCCGUUUAGGACCCUAGUAUUAAACAAUAGUUUUCAGAGGGACUUUAAAAAACUUAGUUAAUUAAAUUUCCUUUCAUAGUUUUAAGUGGGUUUAUAAAUUUAAUGUAUUCUAUUUUACUUUUCCCCUAAAUACUUCAACAUAUAUUCUGGUUAUCUAUUGUCCUGUACAUUCAUACCUAAAACAGUGACUUUUUUUAAUGAAUAUAAUUUAUUGUCAAAUUGGCUUACAUACAACACCCAGUGCUCAUCCCAAGUGCCCUCCUCAAUGCCCAUCACCCAUUUUUCCCUCUCUCUCACCCUCCCCAUCCACCCUCAGUUUGUUCUCUGUAUUUAAGAGUCUCUUGUGGUGUGCCUCCCUCCCUCUCUGUUUGUAACUAUUUUUUCCCCUUCCCUUCCCCCAUGGUCUUCUGUUAAGUUUCUCAAGAUCCACACAUGAGUGAAAAUUCUAGCAUAUAGAAAUAUAAUUGAUGUUUUGUAUCUUUAACUUUAAUUCAGUGAUCUUGAUAAAUUCACUUAUCACUUCUAAUAAUUAAUUCAGGGAGUCUUCAGGAUUUUCCAUAGAUUCACAUAUAUCGUCCGUAAAUAAUGAUGGUUUUAUUUCUUCCUUCCUAACCUAUACCUUCCCCCUCACUCCUCCUCCUCUUUCUCCUCCUUAUUUUUCUUUUGAUUCCUUGUUUUUCUGGGUAGGACCUAUAGUACAGGGAUGAAUGGAAGGGAUAAUGAAGACAUCCUUCUCUCAUAUCUGACUUUAAGGAAAAUGUUUUCAGUAUUUCAUUAUUAAGUAUGAUGUGUGCUAUUAGAUUUUUAUAUUGCCCCUAUCAGAUUAAAGAAGUUCUUUUCCUAAUUUGCUGUUUUUUUUUUAAUCAGGGAUGAGUAUUGAAUUUCAUUAAAUGAUUUUCUGCAUUUAUGGAGAUUAUUUUUCUCCCUUAUUCUGUUAAUGAAUUACAUCAAUAGAUACGUGAAUAUUAAAACAACCAUGCAUUCUGGAGGAAAUCCAAUUUUAUUAUGUUGUAUUUUCCUCUUUGUCUAUAUCUGAACUUAGUUUGCAAAUAUAUAUAUAUAUAUAUAUAUAUAUAUAUAUAUAUAUAUAUAUAUUAGGACUUUUACAAAUAUGUAUCUUGUAAUAUCAUUGUCAGGUUUGAUAUCAGGGUUAUGCUGACUUUGUAAAAGGAGUUAGGAAGUACUCUAUCUUUCUUCUUUCCUAUUCUUGGAAGAGAUCUUUAAACCCAGAAAGCUUUAUAACUCUUGAUUCCCACUCCACCCAUGUUACCUUCUACUCUGUCUUCUUUUUCAGUCAGUUGCCCAUGCCCAAAACCUUGGAGGCUUUCCAUUUAUCUUAGUUCUAUUUUCAAAACAUAUCCUGAAUUCAAUUCACCACCUUCACUGCUACCACUGAUUUCAAGCUAUUAUUUCAUACCUGGAUUAACCUCAACGGACUUACAACUGGUUCCCUAUUUCUCCUGUCUCUCUUCCCCAUAAUCUAUUGUACACACAGCAUAGUGGUCAUUUAAACAUGUAUAUGAUCUCAUCACUCUCGCUCAAAAUUUCAAAUGGCUUUUAUUAUACUUAGAGUAAAAUCCAAACUUCUUACCAUGUGACAUUAGUCAAGAUGAGCUUAUUAUGACUUCACGGCACAAAUGUUUAUUUCUCUCUUAAAGUCUACCGCCAGUCUGCAUGACUCAUGAGGGCAACCAUCUUCAUGUUGCAACUCAGUGAUUCAAUCUACUCUGGCCACCUGGCUCUGCCACUUGAAGAAAGAAACAGCUUGACAUUCCUGUGCCAGCUUUUUGAUGCUUUGGCCCAGAAAGGAUACAAAUCACUUCUGCCCAUAGUCCAUUGACUAGCGGUAAUCUCAUGGACCCACUUAAUAAUCCACUUUGUGCUUUGGUUAAAGGGAUUGGGAAAUGUGGGGAAGCAAAAGCAUGUUUGGUGAAUCCUAUUCUUCUGGAAACUUAUAAGCCACAAUGCCCUACCUGCCUGUCCUUCAACUGUAUUUUAUUCUGAUCUCAUUCUUAUUUAUCAUGUUUCGACCACACUAUUCUUUUUGGUACCUGUCAGGCAUACCUAGCUUCUUUCUAUAUUAGGGCCUUUACACUUGCUGACUUCUGGCCAUUCAGUUCUCAGCUCCAAUGUCACCAUCCCAGCUAAGAUACCCACUCACCUUACCAUCAUCUUCUGUCCCUUGGACUUUCUUCAGAGUCUUUUCUCUUUCCUCUCCUUUUAGGAUUCCAAUUACAUGCUUGAUAGAACUGUUCAUUGUGUCCCAUAUAGCUCUUACAUCCUGUUCUCAUUUUUUUUUUCUGAAAUUACGCUGUUUAUUUCCUUUCUUGUUUGAUUUCUGUCUCUUCCCUAUAUAUUUCACAAUAUAUUUCUCCCCUGUCAAUUGUGAGAAAUUCAGUAGCUCUUUUGCCAACCCUUGAGGGUGGUUGUGGAGAAUAAAUAAAGCAAUAAACAAACAGCAACAAAGUGUGUGCACGCUAAGUUGAGACUCAGCAUUACCUGGAUGUGGUGUCACCCCUCGAGCUAGAGGUCUCCCUAAGCAGGGCUCCUGUUACACACAUGCAGUACAUAACAGAGGUUCUGUACAAUGGGAACUUCAUUUAAUGUGUGUGCGUUUGUUUUUAAAAGGAUCAGAACUUCUACAUCAUAGAAGUUGUGUGGGAAAAAUUAUCUGGAUUCCUACAAGGUUUUUUUUUUUAGAUAUAUUUGUAGAUUUCUAGAAUCAACCACAAUGGUAUCUUUAUGUAUUUGAAAUAUAGCAUUACAUGUAGGUACAAAGCAUUUUAUUUACUCAGUCUAUGGAAAAUUCUUGACAUGACAUGGAUUUGUGAACCUCCUGCAGUAACCCCACACUAGAGAUCCACACAUGUGAAAAGAAAAUCUUGGGUUUAUAUCAAAAUUUUAGCAAUAAAGCCUGGCAAAUAGUUAGAUUUGCUCUCAGGAGACAAUAAAUAUUCUUUUAUCUCAUGAAUACUUAUUAAAUAUUCACUUGCUGUCAAACAUUAUGCUGGACAUCACAGGCUUUAAUAAGUGAAUCAUUCAUGGUAUCUGCCCUGAAGGAACUUGAGCUCUAGCAAAGGAGAGAUAUGAAUCAUAAGCACCCUGCCCCUCUCCCCACCAAGGCCUUGCUAAGUCAAGCUCCUUAGGCCUGGCUCCUCUGAGGAUUAAUUAAUGAACUCUCCUCUGAGAGUCCUCAGUCCAUGUGUAAAUAGGUUUCUUGUGAACCAUAAAUAAAUAUACGUCAGGUCCCUGACGUAUAUACAAAUAAGCACCGUGUCAGUCCACUGUGGAAAGCAUUACAAGAGUGGUUUAAACCACUAUAUGACCUAUAGAAGUCCAGCAGAAGAGAUCACUUCCUAUUUCUGGUAUUCGGAGGGUUCAUGGAGAAACUGAGCUGUGCCUUCAAAGACAGAGUUAGGCAAGGCAGAAGCAAUCCAGGAAAAAGAAAUAUGUGACUCAAAGACUCUACGCUGGAAGGUACAAGAAAAGCAUGGCUGGAGGAGAACCAAUGGCUCUUAGUGACUAACUGUGGAACCUAAGUAAGCUCUCAUCAAAAGGUGAUGGAAAGUGAGCAGGAAAAUGGUGCACUCAGAGCAGUGCUGAGGGAGACUGCAUUCAGUGCAUACCACAGAGUCUGGCAGAGUUUAGUUGUUUCAUAAAUGUUCACAUUCUGAGAGACCUGAGAGAACAAAGCCAGGAGAACAGUGUCAGCCAUUGAAACAGUCAGAGGGAUUGUGAGGUACCAAGGGCCAGAAUAUAUGAUGGUGAUGGGAACAGAGAGGCAGACACCUGAGAGAUAGCCUGGGGGGAAUUGCUUGGGAGAGGAGGCAAAUCCAUCUUAGAGGUUCUCCAUCUUCUUCCGCAUAUAUUCCUGACACCCUGGUUUCCUGUAGACUCCCCCACAAGUCUCGAUGACGGAAAAAAAUGUGAGCAAUGCUCUCAGUGGUUUCACUUCUAAUUGUCAUGGAAUUCAUACGUUGACACAUGUCUCCCACUCAGAAAUUUCCCUAGAGAUCAUGGGAUUUUAUUUCACUUUUGAUUCACUUCUCUGACGUGAUCCUUACCAAGAGCCCUCUUCUGCAUAGCACAUGAUUGCCAACUGCCGAUUGCCAACUGACGGUUGCUCAAUGGCCUGGAAUUGCCCCCUAUACCCCCAACCCUCUGCUCUGAGUCCUAGUCAUCCCUCAAGACUAGUACAAAUGUCCCCUCCCCUCCCACACUGUCCCUGACAUCUACCCCACCUCUGUCAGCAUUAAUCUGUCCCCUCCAGGACUCUCAGAGUCCUCUUGGACCACCACCCUCAGCUCUCACCUCCCCCCAGACUUCCUCUCCAGGUGCUUGAGGGCUGGGCAGAUUCUUAUUGCCAUAGUCCCAGCACCCCACAUGGUGUCAUGUGCCUGGCAUUUAGUUGGUAAUUGUUAGAUCUUUGUUAAACUCAGCUGUCUAACAUUUCAACAUGGCCUAGAUUAGGAUUUUAGAAACUUCUAGUUCCACUUUCCAGUGUUCUUUUGCUUCUGCCUCCUGUUGAAGUUAGAACACUUUGUCUUUGACUCAUGUGUGACCCAGGAAGGAGGUCCUUUCUUCUGGUUUCUCCAGGCCCUGCUGAGGAGCUCAGGCCUGCUGUCCCCAUCUCCUGUCUGUGGACAGCUCAGACUUCUUGCCUGUUCCUCUCUGAAGUGUGUGAGAUGAAAAUGUGGGUCGCUCCUAAUUUCUCCAAUGUGAUUUCUUUUUUCCCUGAAUUUUGUUUCUUGUAAUCUGAUUCCUUGUCAUUCACCACAUGUCUUCUAUUUCUCUUGUCUUUUGCAACCUCCAGUAGCUCUCAAAUUAUUUUAACACCUGUCAUUUAUUCAUCACAAACAUAAAUACACAUAUUUUUAAAACCCUCCUAUUUACACUGUAAUACUGCAUCUGACCUAGUAAAAUCUACUUUAAUGCAACAUGGCCAGACACCUUGCCAUUGCUAGCAAAUUUUUAUUAAAUUAAGUUUAAAAACCAAGGAUAUGGGGAUAACAUAAGUAGACAUUGGGUUAGGAUGCCUUAUGAACAUAGUGUAGGGUUAAGAAAGAGCUCUGGAGUUGACCACUUGGAUUCGAAUUUUAGCACUGCCACAUUCAUGGUCUAGUUACAUAACUGCUCUGUACCUCAGCUUGCUCAUAUGUAAAAUGGCAAUAAAAAAAGAAGACCCUA